CUGGUUCGGGGUGCGUAUAAAAGACUUCCCCGUCAAGAUGCCGGUACGACUGACCAGGACCAUAUCAAGACAAGAAGCCCUCAGAAGAGUUCUGAACAACAUCCAACUGAACUCCUGUGUGUGUCAGGGACUAGGCUACCGACCUGUGAACCCUGAUCACCAGACUACUAGCUGAGGGUCUCUUGUCACUAAACAUUUGCUGCUUCCCUCACUUCUCCUCACUUUCAGCUCUCCCCGUUCUCUGAACUUUGACCUGAGGCCUCUAGACUCCCAGUUCUCUGAACUUUGACCUCGGGCCUCUAGACUCCCCGUUCAUUGAACUUUGACCUAAGGCCUCUAGACUCCCGUUCUCUGAACUUUGACCUCAGGCCUCUAGACUCCCCAUUUCUCUCCCCCUAUUCUCCACUCCUGUCUGGUCAUGGCUCCGUCCCUGGCCACAGCAUUUGCCAGGCGGUGGUGGAUGGCGGUGACAGCCAUCAUAGAAAACCUGCUGUUCUCAGCUGUCCUGCUGGGCUGGGGAUCACUACUCAUCAUGCUCAAGUCUGAAGGCUACUACUCCUACAUGUGCAAUGGAGAAGGUAACCACACCUCCUCCUCCAACCUGUCUGUCCCCCUCCCCCCACCAGGGGGCGAUGAUGACUACAGUGAUUACUACUCUGAGGCAGAGGGUGUGGUGGGGCUAGGGGAUGGGGUAGAGAUGAGGCCACUGGCCCCUCAGGACCCCGAUGGCCCUAUGAGGAUGAACGGCUGGCUCAUCUGUAAGGACCAGGAUGAGAUGUUGAACCUGGCCUUCACCGUGGGAUCAUUCCUUCUAUCAGCCAUCACUCUGCCGCUGGGCAUCGUCAUGGACAAAUAUGGACCGCGCAACCUACGACUGCUGGGCAGUGCCUGUUUCUCCUUCUCUUGUCUUCUCAUCGCCUACGGAGCAUACAACCCUGAUGAGCUGUCAAUCCUGAUCUUCAUCGCACUGACAUUUAACGGCUUCGGAGGAAUGUGCAUGACCUUCACCUCCCUCACGCUCCCUAACAUGUUUGGUGAUCUGCGUUCUACAUUCAUUGCUCUGAUGAUUGGUUCCUAUGCCUCCUCUGCUGUCACCUUUCCUGGAGUCAAGGUGAUCUAUGACCUUGGUGUAACCUUCAUCACCAUUAUGGUUGUCUGGGCAGCGUGUUCCGGCCUCGUCUUCUUCAACUGCUUCUUCAACUGGCCCCUGGAACCCUUCCCUGGCCCCGAGGACAUGGACUAUAGUGUGAAGGUAAAGUUCAGUUGGCUGGGUUUUGACCAUAAGAUCACAGGGAAGCAGUUCUACCAUCAGGUGACCACGGUUGGGAAGCGUCUGAGUGUGAGCAACAGUCUGAAGCAGAGAGAGCUGGCCACUAAGGAAGGACACAAACUCUGUCUCUCAACCAUGGACCUGGAGGUCAGCAAAAAACCCAAUGAGGAAUCCCAGUCGUUCAUGCAGAGCAUCAUCAGCCCUCUCUUCAUCCUCUCUCUGGUCACCAUGUCCAUCACUCAGCUCCGUCUCAUCUUCUACAUGGGAGCCAUGAACAACAUCCUGGAGGCCCUCAGCGAUGGAGACCUCAACACUGUGGAGAGAAUGGAAGUUGUCAGUUUGUACUCCUCUAUCUUCGGCAUGCUGCAGCUACUAUGUCUGAUGACGACUCCAGUGAUUGGUCAGAUUAUGGACUGGAAGCUGAAGGACUGCGAAGAUGCAGAGGGGGAGGAGGAACCGUGUAGCAAGGACCAGCUCAAGGCCAAGCCCAGAGACAGACAGAUCCAGAAGGUGACCAAUGCAAUGCGAGCGUUCAUCCUGACCAAUGUCCUAUUGGUGGGAUUCGGCAUCACCUGCCUGGUGCCCAACCUCCCACUGCAGAUCCUGUCAUUUGUCCUCCACACUGUUGUGAGAGGGUUCAUCCACUCUGCAACCGGAGGUCUCUACGCUGCUGUGUACCCGUCGUCUCAGUUUGGCAGUCUGACGGGGAUGCAGUCUCUGGUGUCUGCUCUGUUUGCUCUGUUCCAGCAGCCGCUCUUCAUGGCCAUGAUGGGCCCUCUGAAGGGAGACCCACUCUGGGUGAAUGUAGGCCUGUUGGGGGUCAGUAUGCUGGGCUUCCUGCUGCCUCUGUACCUGGUGUGUUUCAGACGCACACUGCACCGCCAGAUACAGGAUAGAGACCAGGACUCCAAGAUAUACCUCAAGAUCAACGGGUCCAGCAAACCUGAAGCUUUUGUCUAGAAAAGGGAGAGAGGGAGGAAGGUGGGAGGAGAUGGGAGGGAGAAGAGGGGAGAAGAGUGUUGCUCUACGUUGAAUCUGCAGAGGACACACACAUACACACAGAUAUCUACACACGCCCACACACACACACACAUACACACAGAUAUCUACACACGCCCACACACACACACACAUACACACAGAUAUCUACACACGCCCACACACACACACACAUACACACAGAUAUCUACACACGCCCACACACACACUUUUGAAGAGACCCAUGUAAGAACUUCUCCUCUUGUCAUGAAAACAUACUACCUUGGACAGACACUAAGGACUGAAUAAGAGCAAGAACAAGAGAGAGGGGAGAGACUGUGAAAGGAAAGGGUCAUCAGCCCCCCCCACUUCUUCUUCUCCUCUCCUCUCAGUUCUCCUCUCAGUUCUCCUCUUAGUUCUCCUCUCAGUUCUCCUCUCAGUUCUCCUCUCUUCUCCCCUCCUCUCUCCUUUUCUCCCCUCUUCUCUUCACAUACAGUGCUCACUAACCCCCCCCAUCCCUCCCCUUUCUAGCGCUGAAAUGACAUCCUAUGCCUGGAUGUCCCACCUAGCCAUCUUAAGAUGGAUGCACUACUGAGUUUGUAGAUGAUGCUCUGGGAGGAGUUCAGGGUUGGUAACCAUGGUGACAGACAGGAUGGGUGGUGUUCUACAGUUGGUAACCAUGUUGAAGGACAGUGGGAGGUGUUCUAGGUUUAAGGACCAUGGUGACAGACAGGGUGGGAGGUGUUCUACAGUUGGUAACCAUGAUGAUAGACAGUGGAUGGUGUUCUACAGUGGGUAACCAUGGUGACAGACAGUUGGAAGUGUUUUAGGGUUGGUAACCAGGGUGACAGACAGGGUGGGAGGUGUUCUAGGGUUGAGGACCAUGGUGACAGACAGGGUGGGAGGUGAUCUAGUGUUGAGGACCAUGGUGACAGACAGGGUGGGAGGUGUUCUACAGUUGGUAACCAUGGUGACAGACAAUCGGUGUGUCUCUAGCGCCAGGUGACCCACCAUUAUGCACACCUGUCACCAUCAUUGCGUCCAUUUGCGCAAUAUUGGACUCACCUGGACUCCAUUACUUUGUUGAUUGCCCCUCUAUAUCUGUCUGCUCCUCAGUUUGUUCACCGUGUCAGCAUUAUUGUUACUAUGUUUUUCCCUGUCCAGACGCUGUCUGUUAUCCAUUAAAUGUUCACUCGCUGUACUUG